GACGCGACUGUGGCUUCGACAUUCCGUCGAGUGCCAAUAUUAUUUUUGUUGUUUAGAAGGCUGCCCUGUCUUCUGCUACCGCACCUACCUGUUGCUUUGCCUGGAUUGCAAGCUUUAUUGGGAACUUUUGGAGUUUAAUCACCUGUUCUAUCAAAUUUAGUUGGAGGCUUUUUUGGCCUAGCUAAGCAGACAGACAGGUAAUCGGAGACUUGGGAGAUUCAGGGCUUGAGACAGGCACAGCGUUGUGGAGGAUGUCGGGAUCCAUACCUUUCUACCAGAAGAACCAUCGCCACUAUGAUCGUGGCUACCGCAGCAAGGAGAUGGAGUCGGCUGUGAGCCAAUACCAGGCCAGCAGCAGCAGCUACGCCGCCCGUAGCAGCAGCACCAGCAGGGGUCUUAGAGUGUCUUCCUACUCUGGGCUGGAGGAAAGCAGACUGAGCCCAAUACCCAAGAGAUCCAAGCCCACCUACCUGGCUGUGGACAGAGAGAAUCAAAUUAUUGGUUAUGUAGUGCCCAUCUUCAGGGGCAGUCAGGAGUUUGCCAGUGGGCUUUCUGACACAGAGGAGGCCAGGAUGAAGGAGAGCGCUGGGCACAUGGCCCGGAGGAACCUGUUCACCAGUGGGUUGGAGAUGGAGAGGACUGAACAGAGCUCCAGGAAGACGGCCAUGCGCGAGUCGGCCGAGCGCAUCUCUCUGAGCAAAAGGAUUCAUGAAAACGAGGAGUACCACAAGCGCAUGAACGAGGACAGCCUGAUGCAUACCCCAGAGUUUGUGAUUAAGCCUCGCUCCCACACGGUGUGGGAGAAGCAGUGCGUACGUCUGCACUGCACUGUCUCCGGGUGGCCCGACCCAAGAGUCGUCUGGUACAAAAACAAUGUGACAAUUGACCCCCUUGCCCAACCGGGCAAGUACAAGCUCGUCAGCAGCUAUAAUGUGCACUCACUGGAGAUCAACAGAUGUGACUUUGAUGACACGGCACAGUAUCGUGCGUCUGCCAUGAACUCCAAAGGAGAGCUCUCCGCCUUCGCUUCUGUUGUUGUUAAGAGAUUCAAGGGAGAAGUGGAUGAAGCUCUCCCUUCACCCAGAUCAAGUGCAGCAAGCGGUUCUAAAGACGGCAUCGUGUCUGAGUAUGGCAUCACCUUCCAGACCCAUAUUGUGGAGAAGUUUGACGUGGCGUUCGGCCGGGAGGGGGAGACCCUGAGCCUGGGCUGCACUGUCAUCAUCUACCCCAACCUCCAGCGCUACCAGCCUGAGGUGCAGUGGUACAGAGACGACGUUCUCCUGUCUCCCUCCAAGUGGACCCACAUGCACUGGAGUGGUGACCGGGCCACCAUGACCCUGACACACCUGAACAAGGAGGAUGAGGGCCUGUACACGCUGCGCAUCACCACCAAGAGCGGCUAUGAAACCCACUCUGCCUACGUCUUCGUCAGAGACGCUGAUGCGGAGGUGGAAGGGGCUCCUGGUGCUCCUCUGGACGUCCGCUGUCAGGAUGCCAACAAGGACUAUGUCAUCGUGACCUGGAAGCAGCCAGCGGUGGACAGAGGAAGCUCAAUCAUGGGAUAUUUCGUGGACAGAUGUGAGGUUGGCACUACCCACUGGAGCCAGUGCAAUGACACCCCCAUCAAGUUUGCCCGCUUCCCCGUGACCGGUCUGGUCGAGGGGCGUUCCUACACCUUCCGCGUCCGCGCUGUAAACAAGUCCGGCAUGAGCCGCCCAUCCCGCGCCUCCGAGCCCGUGGCCGCCAUGGACCCGGGUGACCGCGCCCGCAUGAGAGGCACCUCUGCCCCCUGGACCGGUCAGAUCAUCGUGACAGAGGAGGAGCCCGCCGAGGGCGUGGUUCCCGGUGUUCCAGCUGAGCUGGAGGUGACUGAGGCCACCAAGAACUAUGUGGUGCUGAGCUGGAAGCCUCCUGGUGAGAGAGGCCAUGAGGGCGUCAUGUACUACGUGGAGAAGUGUGUGUCUGGCACCGACAGCUGGCAGAGGGUGAACACAGAGAUCCCGGUUAAGUCUCCUCGCUUCGCCCUGUUCGACCUGGCCGAGGGGAAGUCAUACAGCUUCCGUGUGCGCUGCUGCAACUCUGCUGGCGUGGGCGAGCCCUCCAACCCCACCGAACCCACCACUGUGGGAGACAAGCUGGAUAUCCCAGCUCCCCCUGGUCGUGUGGUGCCCAUCAGGAACACAGACACAUCCGUGGUGGUGUCCUGGGAGGCUUCCCGUGAGGCCAAGGAGCUGGUGGGAUACUACAUUGAGGCCAGCAUUGUGGGCAGCAAUGUCUGGGAGCCCUGCAACAACAAGCCUGUCAAAGCAACCAGGUUCAUCUGCCACGGUCUGGUCACAGGAGAGACCUACGUGUUCAAGGUGAAGGCUGUGAACGCUGCAGGGCUCAGCGAGAGCUCUCAGGAGUCUGAGCCUAUUGAGGUGAAGGCUGCUAUUGGGGGCGGUAUUCCAUAUGCGACCCCUGCCCCGCCCUAUGGCAUCAGUGUUCUGGAGUGCGUGCGUGACGCCAUGGUGCUGGCCUGGAAGCAGCCGGCGUUCAUCGGUGGGGCGGACAUCACCGGGUACUUCGUGGACUACCGGCAGGUCGUCGAGGGAGUGGUGGGGAAGUGGCACGAGGCCAACAUCAAGUCUGUCACUGACAGAGCCUACAGGGUGUCAGAUCUGAAGGAGAACAUGAAGUACCAGUUCCAGGUACGGGCUGCCAACAUGGCAGGUGUGGGCAUCCCCUCUUUGUCCAGUGAAACAUUUACAUGUGCGGAGUGGACCAUCGCUGUGCCAGGACCCCCCCAUGACCUGCAGGCCAUGGAGGUACGCAGCACCUCCCUGGUGUUGCUGUGGAAACCACCCGUGUACCAGGGUCGUGAUGAGGUCAACGGAUUCUACAUUGACAUAAAGGAGGCUGAGGCACCGUUGGAGGCGUGGAGAGGAGUCAACGAGAAAGCCACAGACAAGAAGUACAUGAAGAUCAAAAUCCUGAAGGAGGGAGAGACCUAUGUGUUCCGUGUACGUGCACAGAACAAGGCCGGUGUUGGAAAGGCCUCCGAACCUACAGAACCAGUCCUGGCCCAGACCAAACCAGGUACCAAGGAUAUAGUCGUGGACGUUGAUGAUGAUGGAGUGAUCUCCAUGAACUUCGAGUGCGCAAACCUGACCCCAGACUCUAAAUUUGUGUGGUCCAAAAACUACGAAGAAAUCACAGAUGAGACCCGCAUUACCAUGGAAACCAAAGGCAACAAGUCAAAAGCCACCUUUAAAACACCUGCUGAAGACGAUCUGGGCAUUUACUCUUGUUUGGUCACCCACACGGAUGGGGCUUCAUCCAGCUACACUCUCUCCGCAGAGGAGCUGAAGAAGCUGCUUGAGAUCAGUCACGACCACAAGUUCCCAAUUAUUCCCCUGAAGACAGAGCUUGCAGUGGAGCUGCUGGAGAAGGGCAAGGUUCGCUUCUGGCUGCAGGCUGAGAAGAUCUCAGCCAACGGCAAAGUGGAAUACGUGUUCAACGAUAACGUUGUCUCUCAGGGCGAGAAGUACAAGAUGAACUUUGACAAGAACACAGGUGUGAUUGAGAUGACCAUGGAGUCCCUGACACCUGCAGACGAGGGGACCUUUACCUUCCAGCUGCAGGACGGCAAGGCCACCAACCAGUCUAGCCUGGUGCUCAUUGGAGAUGUGUUCAAGCAGCUGCAGAAGGAGUCUGAGUUCCAGAGGAAAGAGUGGUUCAGAAAGCAAGGUCCUCACUUUGUGGAGUACCUGAGGUACGAGGUGACCCCAGAAUGUUGUGUUGUCCUGAAGUGCAAGGUUGGGAACAUCAAGAAGGAAACAGUUGCAUUGUGGUACAAAGACGGGCGUGAGAUUAAGGCAGAUGAGCAUCUCACUUUCUCAGAGGGAGUGCUGACCCUGGAGAUUGCUCAGAUCUCAAAGAAGGAUGCCGGUAUCUACGAGGUGAUUCUGAAGGAUGACAGAGGGAAGGACUCCUCCACAUUGAACCUGACGGACCAAGGUUUCAAGAACAUGAUGAACGAAGUGUUCAGUGUUAUUGCCAACUCAUCCACCGCUCUGAAGAUCCAGAGCACUGAGGAGGGCAUUAGACUGUACAGCUUCGUCAGCUACUACAACGACGAGCUACAUGUCACCUGGCACCACAAGGAUGCAGCAAUAGCCUUCACGGACCGGAUCAAGUGUGGCGUGGUGGGGGAACAGCUGUGGCUGCAGAUUUCUGAUCCCACCGACAAGGACAAGGGAAAGUACGCCAUUGAGUUCUUCGAUGGGAAGGGUGGUCUACGGAGAACUGUGGAGCUGUCCGGACAGGCAUUUGAUGACGCCUAUGCAGAGUUCCAGAGACUCAAAGCGGCUGCUAUUGCAGAAAGAAACCGUGCUCGUGUGGCAGGAGGCCUGCCUGAUGUGGUCACCAUACAGGAGGGCAAGGCCCUGAACCUGACCUGCAACAUCUCAGGCGACCCUCUGCCUGAGGUCACCUGGCUGAAGAACGACAGGGAGAUGGUGUCAGACGACCACUACAUCCUGAAGUUUGAGUCGGGCAAGUUUGCCAGCUUCACCAUCAGCACGGUGAACACGGCGGACUCUGGCAAGUACAGCAUCCUGGUGAAGAACAAGUACGGCACAGAGAGCGGAGACUUCACCGUAAGUGUCUUCAUGCCCGAUGAUGUCGGCGGCAAGAAAAAAUAAGAAGGUUUCCCGGUCUUGACGUAAAUAUGUAUAAAAAAAGUACAAAAAUGAACAGCAAAAAAAGAGAAUUGUCAUACCGUCUUUAGCCUUUGCGUUGGAUUGUGGUUUGAGAAGUGUAAACAAUAUAGUCUCAUACAAGGAGGUGGUUCACUGUUAUAGUCUGAGCGCAACAUGUCUGAAGUUUCUUUGAGAAAUCCAAAGUGGAUCAAGGAAAAAAUCAUUUAUUGAAGCAAAACCUGUAAACCACACUAGUAGGUCCAAACAUUCUUUAUCUUGAAAUCACGGUAAACCUAUAGUAAUUACAUGAUUAUAACAUUACGCACCCCUUCACUGCCCAAAUAUUAUGUUCUGUUAUUUCCUUUGUUCUUUGUGUUCAGUACCAAAAAGGCAUGUAGAGUCAAAUGUGAGUGUAAGUUUGAAUUGAUUUGCUGCAACUGACUUAAGAAAUGAAAGGCUGACCGUCCUAAGUAAAUAUGUGACGAUGAGGAAGAAAAACAAACAAUGACGGGUUGAGAAUCUGUGUAAGAACAGCUUCUGUGUUAAAUGUAAGUUCCAUUACUUUCACAAUCACUAUGCAGUGAUUUGACCUCCUCUGUCAUCCUGUAGUGAUUAUGAUAUCACCUCCCCUGUCAUCCUGUAGUGAUUAUGAUAUCACCUCCCCUGUCAUGCUGUAGUGGUUAUGAUGUCACCUCCCCUGUCAUGCUGUAGUGGUUAUGAUAUCACCUCCCCUGUCAUGCUGUAGUGGUUAUGAUAUCACCUCCCCUGUCAUGCUGUAGUGAUUAUGAUAUCACCUCCCCUGUCAUGCUGUAGUGGUUAUGAUGUCACCUCCCCUGUCAUGCUGUACUGGUUAUGAUGUCACCUCCCCUGUCAUGCUGUACUGGUUAUGAUGUCACCUCCCCUUUCAUCCUGUAGUGAUUAUGAUGUCACCUCCCCUGUCAUGCUGUAGUGGUUAUGAUGUCACCUCCCCUGUCAUCCUGUAGUGAUUAUGAUGUCACAUUCACGGGCAUCCUGUAGUGAUCAUGAUGUCACUUUCUCUGUCUAUCUGUCUAUGAAUGAUAAUUAUUGCAUCACUUCCUCCACUCCCUGUCUCUUCAGAAGCACUAAUAAAGGUAGCACGUAUUCCCCCAC